CACAAAUAUUUUAAAUAUUCAAUUCAGAUUUUGUUCUGAAUUAUGCUAUAUUAUUAUUAUAUUCUUAAUAUUUUUAUGCUGUAUUCACUGCAUUGGAGAGCUCCUGAAGCUGUCAUAAAAAUGGCUUCCCCAUUGGAGAUUGGAGCACAAGGAACCAUUGGCUCCCUCAUCUCACAUGAGGUUGAAUACUUCAGGAAAGUAGAUCUUGGUGAUUGGAAAAGUUCACAGCGCAUCAAAUCUUCUCCUUCUUCUUCAGAAAGCAACAGCUUCAAACUGAAGAAGGAAUCUGAUUCCAACAAUGCGAAGAAGAAGAAGAAGAAGAAGAAGGAGAAGAAGAAAGUUAAAGAAGGGAAAUAUUUUCCUUCCAUCUGUUCAGCAAUUGAAAUAUCUGAAAAUACUUCCAGAAAAGAAAGCAGGAUUUUUCUACAGAAGUAGGCGAUGUGUUUAUGAAUUGCGUUUGAAGAAUCAGACUUCAGACGUAUAAGGAAGUAAGCAUUUUUAUUUCUUCAUUGUUUUUGAUGAAUUGCAGGCUUCAGGUAGAUGAGUUCAGGGAAGAAAAAGUUUAUCAAUAAGAUUUGGAAUAAUGAAUUCAGAUCUGACAGGGAAGACCAUAGAUGCACAACUUCUUUAUUUCUUUCAUUUAGCGUUUAUAAAUUUGUAUCAUUUGAGUUGAUCAUAAAAAAUUUCUUGUGCUCUAGUUAAAGUACCAUCAUGUAACU